CAGCAGGCGCCGUCGUGACGUCAUCGCGCCGCGCCCGAGGAAGGCCCGGCCCGCGUCGCGUGGGAGCGCGGAGUGCUGCGCAGCGGACAUGGCGCGCGAGCUGAGGGCGCUGCUGCUGUGGGGACGCCGCCUGCCGCCUCUGCUGCGGGCGCCGGGAGGCAGCCCAGCGCUGUGUCCACGGCGGGUCCCGCUGCUGCCCAGAGGCCCUGGGAGGAACCUCACGGCGGGCUUACCUGCCUGCCGGCCCUUGAGCUCCCAGGUGGCGGAAGACAGGCAGGAGGAGCCGCUGCACUCCAUCAUCAGCAGCACUGAGGCCGUACAGGGUUUCACAUCCAAACACGAGUUCCAGGCCGAGACAAAGAAGCUGCUGGACAUUGUUGCCCGGUCCUUGUACUCAGAGAAGGAGGUGUUUAUCCGGGAGCUCAUCUCCAAUGCCAGCGACGCCUUGGAGAAACUGCGCCAUAAGCUGGUGUCCGCCGGCCAGGCACUGCCGGAGAUGGAGAUCCACCUGCAGGCGGACCCCGAGAAGGGCACCCUCACCAUCCAGGACACGGGCAUCGGGAUGACCCAGCAGGAGUUGGUGUCCAACUUGGGCACCAUUGCCAGGUCAGGCUCCAAGGCCUUCCUGGAUGCGCUGCAGAGCCAGGCAGAGGCCAGCAGCAAGAUCAUCGGCCAGUUCGGAGUGGGCUUCUACUCGGCCUUCAUGGUGGCCGACAGGGUGGAGGUCUACUCCCGCUCGGCCGAGCCCGGCAGCCCCGGCUACCAGUGGCGUUCCGAUGGCUCGGGGCUGUUUGAAAUCUCGGAAGCCUCAGGAGUUAGAACUGGCACCAAAAUCAUCAUCCACCUCAAGUCGGACAAUAGAGAGUUUGCCAGUGAGACCCGGGUUCGAGACGUGGUGACCAAGUACAGCAACUUCGUCAGCUUCCCCUUGUACCUCAACGGAAGGCGCAUCAACACCCUGCAGGCCAUCUGGAUGAUGGAGCCCAAGGACGUGGAUGUGGGGCAGCACGAGGAGUUCUACCGCUUCAUCGCCCAGGCGCACGACAAGCCCCGCUACACACUGCACUACAAGGCAGACGCGCCACUCAGCAUCCGCAGCAUCUUCUACGUGCCCGAGCUGAGACCCUCCAUGUUUGAUGUGAGCCGGGAGUUGGGCCCCAGCGUGGCGCUCUACAGCCGCAAAGUGCUCAUCCAGACCAAGGCCGCAGAUGUGCUGCCCAAGUGGCUGCGCUUCGUGCGAGGCGUGGUGGACAGUGAGGACAUCCCCCUGAACCUCAGCCGGGAGCUCCUGCAGGAGAGCGCGCUCAUCAGGAAACUCCGGGACGUUCUGCAGCAGAGGCUCAUCAAAUUCUUCAUAGACCAGAGCAAGAGAGACGCAGAGAAAUACGCCAAGUUUUUUGAAGAUUACGGAUUGUUCAUGAGAGAAGGCAUUGUGACCACCGCGGAGCAGCAGGUCAAGGAGGACAUCGCCAAGCUGCUGCGCUAUGAGUCCUCAGCGCUGCCUGCCGGGCAGCUGACCAGCCUGCAGGACUACGCCAGCCGCAUGGCGGCCGGCACGCGCAGCAUCUACUACCUGUGCGCACCCACACGGCACCUGGCCGAGCACUCGCCCUAUUACGAGGCCAUGAAGCAGAAGAACACUGAGGUUCUCUUCUGCUACGAGCAGUUUGAUGAGCUCACGUUGCUGCACCUCCGCGAGUUUGACAAGAAGCAGCUCAUCUCUGUGGAAACGGACAUCGUGGUGGACCACUACAAGGAGGAGAAGCAGGACGCGUCCCCAGCUGGCGACCGCCUGUCAGAGAAGGAGACGGAGGACCUGAUGGCCUGGAUGAGGAACGCGCUGGGCUCCCGCGUCACCAGUGUGAAGGUGACGCUCCGCCUGGACACUCACCCCGCCAUGAUCACCGUGCUGGAGAUGGGGGCUGCACGGCACUUCCUGCGCAUGCAGCAGCUGGCCAAGACACAAGAGGAGCGCGCGCAGCUGCUGCAGCCCACUCUGGAGAUCAACCCCAGGCACACGCUCAUCAGGAAGCUCAGCCAACUGCGGGAGAGCGAGCCUGAACUGGCCCAGCUGCUGGUGGACCAGAUCUACGAGAAUGCCAUGAUUGCCGCGGGACUUGUGGACGACCCCAGGGCCAUGGUGGGUCGCCUCACCAACCUGCUGGUCAAGGCUCUGGAGAGACACUAAGGAACUGGACAGCACAGCACAGCUUCCUGGC